GUGAAACGUCUGGUUCCCUGUUCUAUCUGUGGUACUGUCUUUGCUGCCCCUGUAACCAUUUUCUAGAAUUAACGUUCAGAUAGUCGUAAAAUACGAUUUUCUGUACAUUUUCAAGAGGAAGCAUUGUGAAAUAUGAGUGGAAUUCCAGGGACCGCUGUCAUUCAAAUCACCAAUCUGUCGUCUGCCCAAUGCACCACUCCCCUUCUCGUCCAAAGUAUGUUACAUAAAGUAUCGAGAGCCUUCCAGUGUUGGCGUGGCGCAACAUUUAACCAACACUGUAUUUAUUGACAGAGCUUUGAUCGUAGUCCCAUGUGCAGAAGGUGAGUAUGCCCAAGUUCAUUCAAGUGAUGAUGUUGACAUAAUGAGUGUUUUGUGUAGUCAACACACUUCCUGUGAAAUUGUGUUGUCUAGUGGUUGGUGAAACCGCUGCAAUUCUAACGUUAGUAUCCUACAUUCAAAUAGCAGGUACAUGCAAGUGUUUCUUUCCAGUGUUUUGCUGUGUUGGAUUCCAUUAGGAAUACACAUGAACACAAAUGCGCUUUCACACUUGCACUGUAUCCCAGAUCCAAGAUGGCCUAAUCCACAUUGAGCACUCAACUUAUCCUAAGCACCUGUCACAACUAGCUAGAUAUAAGCAGUGUGUUUUGUCAUGGGGCUUUACACAAUAUGAAAAUAACAUGAUCAUUCGCACGGACCAUGGAAGGCCCAUUGUAGUAGCAGGAACAGACACUUAGAGUAACAUCAUAGACUAGUACCACCUCACUGUAUUCAAUGACAGUUUAUGCUGGUCUGGCAAUACAUCAUCCAUAUUCUUGCGAAAUAACACUUGACUCGGAUUCUGAUGUUCAUGACAAAGGUUGACGUGAUUGUUAUGGGUAAAAUGCAUAGUUAUAUGGAGGUGAUUUCACGGAUAUGGUAGAAUAACAUACUAAAUAAUUAACUACUUCUUUUCUCUCUUUUUAUUUUGUUUCAUAUUAUUUUUUAUUUUUUUGCUUAAUCUCCCUGUCUUCUAGAACCUUCUCUUGUUCCGUUAUUUAGCGUAUAGCUUCUCAAAAAAAUAAAUAAAAGUGGUCUCACCUUAUCUAACCGAUUCUCUCACUUGAAAUGCUUUUUUGUCCACGUUAACUUAGUGCUGGAUGGCUACUGAGUUUAUUAAUUUGGUUUUGUAUGUUUUUUCUGUGUGAUUAUGUGUGCAUAUCAGAUGACUAGACUGGCCCAGCUGUUACACUACACUAGCCUGAGUCAGGCAUUGUUUUCCAAGCCACUAUCCCCGCUGGGGCCACCGCUGCCUUCAAGGGGGGAAUGUGACCAAGGAGAAUAAGCCCGCUGAACCUUCCAAGAUGGACACCUUGUCUCUUUUUAUUUAUCUUUCUUUUCUUUCUUUUUUUUGGUUGGUUUCUUUUAGUUUUUACUUUCACAUGUUGUCCCUUGCCUUGUCUGCUCCCUCUAGACUCUAGCUACACUAUUGCAUUAUUCGUAGCAUAUUGUUUUUCCGUUUAUUAUUUUUGGUUUUUCUUUUUUCCUCUCUUUCUCUCACCUCCUCUUCUCUUUCUUUCGCUCAUUCUCUCUCUCUCCUUCCACAGUCUGUGAUUGAGUUCUGUCCAGGUUGCCAUGGCACCCAGGUGGAAUGUGUAUCACACAUGGGCUGCCAUGAAGAUGACUAACACAUUUUACUUUCUUUGUCUCCUGCUCUUGGUCUAUGGUUAGGAUUUCAAAUAUAGGGCUCAUCUAAACCUUAAACUCACUAGGAGAAAAUAUCAUUGACUUAUAAUAAGUAGUAGAAUAUAACCUUUUUAUUUUACAUUGGUAACAUGAUGCUUAUACUGAUAGUAUAAGAAUUUGAUUACAUGGACUUUUUGUUGUUUUUGCCCUUAAGCCUUAAAUUAUUGUAAUAGUUUUUUUUCUUCUCUAAAACAAAGCCACUAGAUUAAUUGAAAGACCCACUGCGCCCUUCCCCUUUUCCAUUCAGGAACGGCAGAUUGAACCAGUAAAAAGAAAGUGAAAGAUUUCAAAUCCGUUGUUUUUAGGUUUUAAGUUUGGUUAACGUUUGGGAAUUUCUCAAGAUUCUUAAAAAAUGUUCUUCUUUUCUGUAUCUGAUGUUCUGUGUGCUAUUAGUGAUGCAGCCAUCAUGAACGGUUGUCUUGUGUUGCACUCCUUUCCAACACUGCGAAACGAUCGCCCUACGGGAAAAGCGCCCAUGCUUGCUAUCGUAUGGUUCAUGACCAAUAUGUUUCCAGUACAGGUGACCCAUACCUCAAAGUGUUCUCUGCAUUAUUUUUUGAAUCUAUGAAAAAAAGAGGACAAAAAUCAGGAUUUUCCUUUCGUUUGUGAGGAAGAAGUCAUGUUAACAUUUUUGUCUGUUCAUAGCCUGAAUGCUAAAUGACUGACUUAUUACAGUAAAUUUGAGAAGUAGAGGGAAACCGCACUGAGGAUGCUCAACCUUUUUUUAGCAUCGGCUCUGUUAGACUCCUCAGUAACUAGCCAAUAGAGCUAGGUCUUUGUAUGAAGAAGGAAUGUUCUCUCUCUCUCUAGAAUACUGGGGCUAUAAUACUGCAGUCAUAGAGGACGCAGAAGGGUUGUUUCCUGCCAUGACCUGCUCUAACUCCUCCCCUUGUCCCACAGGGAAGAUCCCAGAAGAAGCCAAGGCCUUGUCUCUUUUGGCACCUGCUGCCCCCCCUGCUGUUCCUGCUGUACCCAGCCUGAUGCCAGGUGCCGGCCUGCUGCCCCUUCCCACCUCGGCCCCCAUACAGACUCAGCUGAGUGUCCCUAUAGUGAGCCUGGCGGCAUUGCCGGCUGCCCUGGACCCUGCAGUGUCGGCCCUGGCUGUGACUGGAGGAGGUGGGGUGUCGUCCUCCGCCCAGCCCCCCCUCAUGGGGAACGUGGAUCCCUCCAAGGUGAACGAGAUCAGAAGGACUGUCUACGUUGGCAACCUCAACUCGCAGACCACUACUGCAGAGCAGCUGCUGGAAUUCUUUAAGCAGGUGGGCGACGUAAAGUUUGUGCGCAUGGCGGGGGACGAGACGCAGCCCACACGCUUCGCCUUCGUGGAGUUUGCCGACCAGGAUUCAGUGUCCAGAGCACUGACCUUUAACGGAGUCAUGUUCGGAGACAGACCCUUGAAGAUUAAUCAUUCCAACAACGCCAUUGUGAAGCCCCCAGAGCUGACUCCUCAGGCUGCAGCCAAGGAGCUGGAGGAUGUAAUGAAGAGGGUCAGAGAGGCCCAGUCCACCAUCGCCGCCAUCAUAGUAGAGCCAGAGGAGGUGAAGAAACGCUCAUCCAGUCACUCCCGACGUUCCAGGAGAUCCAGAACACGGUCACGAUCGCAUUCCCGCUCGAGAACGAGGAGGAAGCGGUCCCGUUCUAGGCACAGAAGCAGGCUCUCUCAGAGGUCGCGGCCCAAGGUCAGCGAGUCCCACGUCUCUCGGGGCAUCCACAAGAGACUUUCGCGUUCCAGAUCACGGGACAGGCGGAAAGAGAGGGAGCAGAGAACGAGAGGAAAGGAGGAUAUAUCUCGGGUUAUAGAGGAUAGGAGGCAGAGGGAGAAAAAGGCCAAAACACCUCCAAAAAGCUACAGUGCAUCCCGAAGGUCCAGGAGCACGAGCAGGGGCCACAGAAGGAAGAGCAGGGAUCGUUCUAGGAGUCCCAGAAGGAAAGCCAGGUCUCCCUCACCAAAGAGAGGGAGGAAAGACAAGAAGAGGGAGAAAGCAAGGGAUGGCAGCAGGGAAAAGAGGGAGAGUUCCAACUCCAGGAAGAAGAGCAGCAGAGAUAAAGAGAAGAUGGAGCUCAAGGCCAAACCUAUGAAGGUGGAAAGGGACUACGACAGGGAGGAGAAGGACUACCAGAGUGACAGGGAGGGGUCGGCCACACCAAGCGAGGGUUUGACAUCACCCUGCGUCCAGCACAACGGCAGCUACAACACAAACACAGAGGAUGAUGCGGCUUCGCUCGCCGACAGCACUGAGUGAUGGGUGUGAAACCAUGCAGAACCAUGGGAACGAGACAGUCCACUAUGUAUCCAGCUCCUGUGAUCUUUACCUUGGUAUAACAUACACACACACACACACACACACACACACACACACACCCCUUCCUGUUCCCCAGGUUGGCACAAGUGUGCCAAAAACCAACAGAUGUUAUCUGAUUAUUUUCCUAGUUCCAGUUUCUUGGUGUGUGUAUUUAGUGUAAGACUAUGUAAGAGAAUGCUGACCCCCUAUGCCCAUUGCUGUGAAUCUGUUGUCACAUGAUAUUCAUAUUGAAAAUAGACCUUAACGUGCACAGCUUGUUUUUAUAGAUGUGGAGAAUGUGUGCUUUUCCUACAGUAAGAACUGUGUUGAACAUAACAUGCUUGUGGUUGAUUUCCUGUUUCUUGGUUAUGUUGGUGUUUGUGCUAUCGUGCAACACUUAAUCUAUUUUGGUUAAUACUAGAUGCAAGGUCUCUGUUUGCGCACUAUCUUAGUUGCACCCAAUGUAAGAAAUGCUGUUAUUUACAAAUUAUUAGAAAAUCAAUAUUUCUAUAAAGUAAUAUUAUGUGGAAGAUCUUAUAAUGCAAGAUGUCUAGUGUCUGUUGCUGUUAGAAAGGCCUUUCUCAAGGCUUCAACCAGCUUCAUGGUUCAGCAUGCCAACCCUACAUUAUACAGAGGUUCAACUUGCUUGACACACAGGAAUGACUUAACAAUUUCCUGGCAGACAAGUCAAAGUGCCUAGACUGAAAUUGUACAAAAAUACACUAAUAAACUUUAUGAAGUUAUUGAGAUGCAA